UCAGAUUCACGGCGAAGCCCCGCGUCGACGGCUAAUCGAGAAGAUUGUGAGACCGGUGAUGAACAUGAAGGAUGAUAAUAAUCAGUUAGGAGAAGUUGCUCGUACUCUGGUGGAGUUUCUGGAAGUAGCCAUCACAAUGAUUGUUUUCCUCAAAGGCUUUUACCCAUCUGCGGCGUUUGAAAGGAGGAGAUAUAUGAAUGUGGUGGUGCAAAGGGCAAGGCAUCCUGAGCUACGCGACUAUAUUCACUCUGCUGCUUCUGGUUUACUUCCUUUUAUCCAAAAGGGUCUUGUUGAAAGGGUAGCGGUCAUCUUUUUCAGUAAUGAUAAUGUUCCUGUGGAGAGGUUCAUCUUCAAGCUUACCAUUAACCUGUCUUCCGCUGCUUCAGUAGAGGAGAAUCAACUGGAAUUUGCGCUUAGGUCCUUCUUAGUCAAGCUUUCCGUUGCAAAACCCCUUGUCAAGCCUCUUCCUCCCAACUGUAGAUGGGAGGUAACGGCUUUUCUAAGGUCGCUUCCUGAAGUGGGUUCAAGUAAAGAAGGUGAGAUAUGGAUUCCAACAGAUACAAAGCAGUGGAUGAAACCGCCAGUUAUUACGCCCGUCAAGUCCCUGAACAGCGAACCACUCUGCUUGCAACUUUACUUGGAACACCCUAGUUUGUCUGAAACACAAUCUUGUCAAGCCCUGUGAUGUCUUAACUUACAGAUCUCGAUUGUAUGAAAUGCAUGAGCUUUAGGCCUCGGUGGACCCGUUUCUCGGUGGACCCGU